AUGGCUUCAAAAUCAUGUUUAGAAAUAGCUUUUAUAUUUGGCCUUGUUCUUGUGUGCACUAAUGCUGAGGGAAAGGUCUUCAAUGUCCUUUCAUAUGGUGCUAAAGCAGAUGGAGUGACAGAUAAUAGUAAGACACUUGGAUUCAAUUUUGUCAAUAAUACGGUUGUGCGUGACAUACAUUCAAUCAAUAGCAAGAACAUACAUUUCAAGGUCUUUGCUUGCGAAAACAUGACAUUUAGUCAUGUUAACAUAACAGCACCACGCGAUAGCCCUAACACUGACGGAAUUCACAUUAGCCACUCCACCAACAUUCAUGUAUUGGAUUCUUACAUUGGCACUGGAGAUGAUUGUAUAGCUAUGAUCGCUGGAAGCAAUAAUAUCAACAUUUCAGGAGUCACUUGUGGCCCUGGCCAUGGAAUAAGCAUCGGUAGCUUAGGGAAUUCGCCAAAUGAAGUUGUUAAGGACAUACAUGUCAAAAAUUGCACUCUUAUCGCUACUCAAAAUGGGUUGAGAAUUAAGACUUGGGCAUCAUCGAAUGUUGGUAACAUUACCAAUAUAACUUUUGAAGAUAUUAUCAUGGAAAAGGUUCGAAAUCCUAUAUUUAUUGACCAACAUUAUUGCCCAAUACAUCAUUGCAGCAAACAGCCAAGUUCAGUACAAAUCAAGGACGUGACAUUCAAUAACGUAAGGGGAAGUUCAAGUUCGCGGAGAGCAGUUAUUUUGGAUUGCAGUGCAUUAUUUUCUUGCGAAAAAAUCAACCUUAAUGAUAUCAACUUAGCCUACCAUGGCCGCCAUGGACAUGCGAUUGCAUUUUGCGCUCACGCCAAAGGGAAAGCCACCGGCAAGGAGUUGCCUCCAAGUUGUUUAAAGGAGUCUCUUAAUUCAUCAACUUAG